CUGAUUUAUGUGCGGGUAUUUGUCAUGAUAACCACAGAAUUAAUGGUGGUGGUAACUAUAUUUUUAUAACAUUUGCUUGAAUUACAAAAUAAAAUAUUGAAUAUUCGGGGACUCGAUUAAGCUCGUGAGUUAAGAGCAAUGAGAGAAGACAAUAAAAUGCAGUGUUGUGUUCCUUUCUGUGGAAAUACUUCCUUCAAUAGCACGGGCAAGGACAAUGCGAUUUCUUUUCAUAGGUUACCCAGUGAAGUAAAUCGCUGUGCUACAUGGAUAAAAGCCCUAGGCUUGACAGACCAGCUGCUCAAGUCUACGGUUGUCUGCUCGCAGCAUUUUCUAGAUGACGACAUUUGUGAAACAGGGAAUGGCUUAAGACAAAUUGCCACUGAUGCUAUCCCUUCUACUGUGCAGGUUUGCAUGAUAUGCCUACACACAGACAGAAAGGUUAUGCUAAUGAGUAAACUUAAAUUGGAAGAAGCAUAUGAAAAGUUAACCGGAUAUCUUUUGGGUGGUAGUAGAAACCUGAGACAGACACUCUGCGAACAAUGUGCAGAGGGCCUGCUGAACUGCAAUAAAUUCAGAGAAAAGACUUUGAGAGCCCGUACACUGAUGAUGGACUUAGUAGAAAAAUAUAAAUUUAUAACAAUACAACAUAUACAAAUGUUAAACCACACUGAAAACGAAAUAAUGUCAACAAUACGUGACAACGGUGACUAUGAAGUCCAAAGCGAACGCGCAAAAUUAGAGGAAACGGGACGGGCCGUUGUUGAAAUUGAGAUAGUGAAAAAUGAACCGUGUUAUGACUUCAUGUCAAAUGAUGAAGACUCAGAUAGUCACAAACACGAAGGAAAUGUUGUCAUUAAAGAAGAAUACUUAUCCGAUGAUAGCAUGCUGUUGGAAGAAAGACAACGUGAUGAUGAAACAUGCAACAAAAUAAACCAGAAACCAGCUCCCUUUGCGUAUGAGGUACAAGUGUUGGAAGCGCAGGUCCCGUUGAAGAAAGAAUUAAAUAUCUUCAGUUGUACGCUUUGUGAUGCAGAGUUAAUAAGUGAUUUGGCGUACAACGAGCAUAUGAGCAUGCAUUUACAGGAUAGCGAUGGUGAUAAUGAUACCUCACAGCUAUGCGAGCCUGGUAAACCUGCCGCAUCAAGCUGUUCUACACAGCUACGCAUAGUUGAUAGCAAGCAAGCCGUACAUAGGAUAAAUCAACCACAACCUGCCGCAUCAUUAGGCCACACUUUGGUCCCACACUUUGAACUGCCCUCCAGUGAACAUAACGAUGCUAAAGAGGAAACUGUUGAAAUCCAAAUAGACGGAAACGUUUCUCUUCCCAAAUCAUUUGGACGUGAAUUAGCACCGAGUAGUGAUUUGAGACAGGACAAUCAAACUACAGAAGGACAGUUAUUCACUUGUGCGUUCUGCAACAACACUUUUGCGCACAAGUGUUCGCUCAUGAGGCACAUGAGAAGGCACACUGGUGAGAAACCAUUUUCUUGUGCGUUGUGCGACGACAAAUUUGCGGAACAUGGUGCCUAUAAAAGACACAUGGAGCGUCACGCCGGCGGGAAAACUCUCAGUUGUAAUUUAUGCGAUGCCAAAUUUUCGCUAACUAGCUCUCUCAUAACACAUCAAAGAAGUCACAACCGCGAGAAACCGUUUUCUUGUACAUUGUGUGAUGCGAAAUUCACACAGAGUUCUGCUUUUAAACGACACGUUGAAACCCAUACCGGUGAAAAGCCACUUAGUUGUGAUCUGUGCGAUGCCAAAUUUUCGCAUAACAGCUCCCUCAUAUCACAUUCAAGGACGCACACACGCGAGAAACCGUUCUCCUGUACAUUGUGUGACGCAAAGUUCACACAAAGCGGUGCACUCAAAAGACAUAUUGAUACUCACACUGGUAGGAAAUCUCUAAGAUGUGAUAUAUGCGAUGUUAAAUUUUCUCAAAAUAGCUCUCUCAUAAGACAUCAGCUAACUCACACCGGCGAGAAGCCGUUCUCUUGUACAUUGUGUGACGCAAAAUUCACACAAAGCGGUGCACUCAAGAGACACGUAGAUGCUCACACUGGUGAAAAGUCCUUCAGUUGUAAGCAGUGCGGAUCGAAGUUUACCCAAAACAGUUCGCUCGUGAGACAUAUGAAAACUCACACAAAUGAAAAACGUUUUAAUUGCAAUUUAUGUGACGUGAACUUUGCAUUCCGCAGCGCACUCAGAAAACAUAUGAGAACCCAUGGGCGUGUUUGCGAAGUGUGCAAUCAGGGUUUCUCAAACAAAAUGAACUUAGUGAUACACAUGAGAACUCACGCUGUCGAGGAGCCAUUUUCUUGUAAUUUAUGUGACGCCAGAUUUACACAAAACAGUACUCUCGCGGAGCAUCUGAAGGCACAUAUUGCUGGAAAACAAUAUUAUUGUGAAUUAUGCAAUUACGAAUUCGCGAAUAAGCGAAGCUUGACGAUUCAUAACAGGUCUCACACAGGCGAGAAGCCAUUUUCUUGUAACGUAUGUGACGCCAAAUUCACUCAAAAUUGUAAUCUAGCGAGGCACAUGAGGAUCCAUACUGGUGAAAAGCCUAAUAUGAGCUGUACCAGCUAAUAUUUGAAUUGCCGUAGUCCAUAUGCGAGUUCAGACUGAUGAAUAUCAGCGGAUAUGUUUUGUAACAGGCGUGAUGACUCAUUUUGAAAAACCUGAUAACCUUGAAUGAUGUUCCGAAGUAUCUAACUAACAAAUUAAAUCAAAUACACUAAAAAACAAAGCAUUAAAAAUAAUACUGAAUUAAAAUAAAGAAGAAAAGGUACAAUAGGCAGUCUUAUCGCUUAAAAGCGAUCUCUACUAGGCUACCUACUUUCUACUAUAUCCAAACAUUUUUUAAAUAUAACGGGUACAUGGUGGCCACGUUAAUGGUGACCAUGAUCCAUGCAACUGUGUCGAAAUAUCGACAAAUCUCAUAAUAUUAUCGUGGUGGUGUACCCUUUGGACUAUAAUUAAGAAAUAUUAAAGGUUUGGUUGAUAUAAAUUGCAAAUUAUAUUUAAAUGAAAAAAACCCGCGAAAACGCUCGCUGGGUGUCAUGGCCGCACUCGUGGCGUCAUAGACUAAUGAGAGAUUUAGUGGGUUUUUCGAUAGCUAAAGUUUAUCGAUUUUGGUAUUGAUAUAAGAAAAACUUAGCAAAUUAUAAUUUUUUGAUCACAAAAUACUUAUUACGUAGAUAUUUUCGAAGUUCAAGCGGUACAAAAUUGUUUUAUUUGUUAAAAAUAAAUACCAAUACGAAUGUAAAUAGAAAUACGUUUUUUUAUGAUGUGUAUAUAUCAUUAGAUAAUACAAUAUUUUAGCGUUUCUUUGACACUGUCAUUAGUUACUAGUGUACUAGAAUUCACAGUGGAGAUAAGCAUUACUCGUUUAAUUUGACCAAUAGCCAUUUACAUAAAAACUCAUACCGGUUGCGACAUUUGCGGUUUCAAAGACAUUUUAGUCCUUAGUGAACCGUGCAAGAACUUGUUCUACAGAAAAACCCUUUUAAAACCCGUGUUCUAAAACUAGUUCAAAUGUGCACGGAGCCUUACAAGAUUAGCUCACUCGGAAUCGAAGAGUCGUUUUCGAGUAUGGAAAUACUUGAACAUCGGAGUAAAACGGAUCUUAUUUGUAUUGAUUUACAGCUCAAUUUUGCCUAUAACUAUUUAGCACGGGUUUACGACAGAACUUUUCUAAAACAAAAAAAAAGGGGGGGGGGGGUAAUAACUGUAUUCUCAUCUGCCGCCACCAAGCGGCAUAAUUUCUAAUUCAAAAUCAAAAUUCAAAUUCGAAAUUUAAAAAUGUUUUAUUCAUGUAGACCUAUACAGAGGCUCUUAUGAAGGGUACAUAUAUUUAACAUGUUACAUGUCAAACAUUGAUUCAAUAACAUAUACAACGUGUAAAUGAAAAGUGAAAUAAUACUUCACAUGCUUCAGAGGUACAUUAUUUACUGUCUCUGAGACUUAUCUGCGAAACCGAAACCCUUAUAGUUUUUGAGUAAACCAUUGCCGUGGUUUUACUAGAUACCUAACAUCACAUGCAAAAGUGAUCAAGUGACCUGUCACUUUGAUAGGUACGUGUCCCGUAGCGUAGGUACUAUGCGCGUGUCGGUCUUGUAUCCUCAAUAGGGUUGUCAUAAGUAAACACUCUGAAUGUUUUAAAUUAGUUUGUAUGGAAUAAUAAAAAUGCUUCUUUUGAUUUAAUAUUUUUACAGGGUGAUUCCUUAUAUAAUUAACUUAUGCACCCGUCAACAUUAUUUCGUUGUUCCGUUACACGUUGUAUUGUAUACAGAGGAAGUAUUUGGGGGGGUAUGACAGUUAUAUAUAAGUUAUAUAACCUAUACCCCGUAUUGGUAACGGAACGCUUAAUUGCUUGGCGCUACGUUUUUGUCGGUAACCAACCACGGCCGAAGCCUCCCAGACCAGACCGGAGAAAAUCAGAAAUUAUAAAUACCCAUUCCGGGGUUUAAUCCCGGG